AUGUUCACGCCGGUUCACACCUCCUUAGGCGCCCUGUUGCUCUUCCAGGGCUCCUCGGGCCUGCUCAUUCAUAAUGGUGCUGUACUCGGCAUCUCCUCACUCCUAUCCGGGUCUAUGUUCAAUCCAAACCGCGACAAUAUCCCCGUCAUUGCCGGUCUCGUCUCCAGCAUCUUGCCCAUGUACCUCCUAGCACCAUCCUUAAUCCCGAACUACCCUGCUGCUCCACAUUCCUUGGCCUCCGUGGCGGCAACGCUAGGCGUGGGCUUCCUAUUAGGUUGGGGAACAAAGAAUGGCCGCGGCUGCACGUCUGGCCAUAUGCUCUGUGGUCUCUCUCGUCUCUCGCCGCGUUCAUUGAUUGCGACUGCUCUAUUCUUCACCACUGCCGUGAUCACAGCAAAUGUCGCGUCUAGGAUACCGUCUUGUGACCACAUCCCGUGCUACACUCCAGUCUAUCCUUCCUCGUCCGAGCUGGUCUUUAUGACUGGUUCAGUGCUUCUUUCCGCAAUCACGAAUUUCAUUGUUGUCCCAAAAAUGCUGCACCGAUGCGAGGAAUCAAAAACGGUCUUUUCCUAUCUAGCAGGGCUAGAGUUCGGACUAGGUCUUUGGAUCUCUGGAAUGGCAGAUCCUGCCAAGGUUUUGCGGUUCUUUGCCAUCCUGAGCAAUCCAUCUCUGUGGGACCCGUCGUUGGCACUGGUCAUUCUCUUCGGAAUCGGUCCAUCGUUGGUAGCAUUCUUGACACAAAAGCCGGGCCAGAAAUCCGCGAAAGGGAAGGAAAGUGCAAAGCCUACUCUGGCUGAAGGAUGGAGAAUCCCUACGGCCACCGUGGCCGAUAUCGACUGGCGUUUUGUGGCUGGUGCAGUGGCUUUCGGCGUUGCUUGGGGUCUUAGGGGGAGUAUGUCCAGGUCCAGCAAUUCUUCGCACGGCUCUUCAACCCACAUGGGGACUUGUGACCAUGACCGGGUAUAUGCUGGGUAA